AUAAAUCUUUUAGUUGGGGAACCACAAUGAUAUCAUAAUAGUCAAAUCGAUUAGCAGAAGUGUUAUAAACUGAUGGACAUUUUGCACCUGCGCGUAUACACAUGUUACAUAAACUUCUAAAACAGGUGAUUUGUUCAUUUCGCUCAACAGGCAAUGCGGUUUAGAACGUGCAAACACAUCCUAAAGUAAAUGAUGUCGCACGGCGCAAAUUUAUUCAGAAAUACUUUCAUGGUUUUUAUACAAUUUAGCUUAGCUUAGGUGAUAUAAAACUAUAUUUUUGUAAUGUAUACAACUGUAAUAUAACACAGGAAGUGGCACCCGAUACAAUAUGGCAGCGAUAAAGAACAUAGUCUUGGGCAUUUUGCAUGGCCUCUGGGACAGCAUAAGCGGCAUGACACUGGUGCUCCACAUAGACAACGAAGUGAAUCGUCAGAAUGCCGAGCAGGAGACAAUGCGACAAUUGCGCAGGCUGGACAGGGAACGGUUGGAGCGAGCACGUCGUUCACCGUCGCCCGUCCCCAGCUCAGCGGCGGUAUUGAUGCGGGAGGAGCAUGCAAGACGCAAGGAAGAAAGCUCUGACGAGCGUCGAUUGGAGACAAUCUAUAGAAAGAAAACGCUAGAGGAGCAGGAGGCUAGCUCUAAAACAAUAAGUGAAAAGAAAAUUGCCAAAAAAUUAUUCAAAUGCUGUAUGCUGAAUGGAGGCUUCACUUGGCUUAGCAUUGUGCUUUUCGAAUCUGUACUGAUGCCCACGCUUAAGUUCUUUUUGACGCUCUUCUAUGGCGCCCAAUCUGAUACACUGCCUUUUGUCUGGAGCUGGCUACAGCCCAUACUAUCGCUCCUCUUUGGCUGUCUGUGGGUGCUGCCGAUAUUUAUGCUCAGCAAGGUGGUCAGUUCGCUGUGGUUCGCCGAUAUUGCAAAUGCAGCUUAUCGGGUGCGUAAAGGACGUCCACAACCGAUACCGGGCAUCAGCAAACUGGUGGCCGAUUUCCUCUUUAGCAUGGUCGUGCAAAUAUUGUUUCUCAUCCAGAGCAUGCUGGUUAACUUGGUGCCUGUGAAGUAUGUUGGCUCUUCUUUGUGUUUCGUGCAUCUCUGCCUGCUCUAUUCGCUGUACUCUUUUGAAUACAAGUGGUUCAACAUGGGUUGGGAGCUGCACCGUCGCCUAACGUAUAUUGAGAAUAAUUGGCCAUACUUUUUUGGCUUUGGAAUACCAUUGACUGUGCUUACGAAUUUAUCAAGCUCCGUUAUCGUUAGCAGCUGCAUAUUCUCCAUAUUCUUUCCUCUUUUUAUACUCAGUGGCAAUGAGGCGAAACCAAUUGUGGACACAACUCAUAUCUCGUUGCGUCUAUUCUCGCCGGUUGUUUUCAUAUCAAACCUGUGCUUUGGCGGCAAUCCUUGGAGCAAUGCCAAUCGUCGCCUAAAGGAAGCGCAGCGUCAGCAGUACGAGCUAAUGAAGCGCCAGCGUCAGCAUCAGCAGGAGGAGCAAUUGCUGAAGCAAAAGAAACAGCAAUAUCUGCAGCAGCAACGACUACAUGACGAACAGAUGCGCCGCGAACGCUCCCACUCUCGCUCCAACACGCCACAAUUGAGCGCAGGAGCACAACAGCAACAAUAUCGUUACGCCCAGCCACCCACAUUCGAUGCUCAACGCGUGCGCGACUCCUCGGCCUCGUCGACGCACAGCUCCACUACACCAAGCAAUUACAAGCAUACACCUUAUUUUGGGGCCAGUAUGCGGACGCUGGUGCCCACCCCCGUAGCUGGCGCUCCUCAGGCGCCGCGUAAAACGCCCGUCAUACGUCAGGAGUCGGGCCCAGAUGACUGGAAUUUGUGAGAUUUUUACAUAUACAAUUUGUAACCAUAAGCUUUGUGUGUUUGUAACUGUAUGUUAGAAUUUAAAUUUAAGGUCUCUAUGCAUUGUGACAAUGUUCGCUAGUCGGGAACGCUGCAUUCGCCGCCACGUCCUCUUUGGAGACCGGGCGCUGGCCGACUUGCAUAACUAGUAGCUAUUUUUGCGUGUAACUGCAUAAUUGAUUCGACUUUUAGGUUAUUACAAUAAUUUUCGGAUGUAAAGUUCAUUAUAAAUAAAUCAAUAAAAGUUUUUGUACCACUUA